GUCAAGAUUUAUGCAAAAUGGACAACAUCAUCAAGAAAAGUAUCUUAUUUGUACAUGGAAAUCCUGCUCGAUACCGUCUGCAAACAAAUACCAACAAUUUAGAUGAAUCUGAACCAUUUAGAAAAAUAACCUUGGGAAAGAGAGACAAAAAUAACCCCCACAAAACCAUUCUACUGGUGGGAGAAACAGGAACAGGAAAAACAACCCUGAUCAACACGAUGGUCAACUACAUGUUGGGUGUAAAGAAAGAAGACAAGGUUUGGUUUGAGAUCACAGAUGAUCAGAGCGACCGAACAUCAGUUCACAGUCAGACCUCCAGCAUCACUGUUUAUGGGUUUUAUCUAGAAGAGAGUCCAAUCCAUUUAACAAUCAUCGACACUCCAGGAUAUGGAGACACUCGUGGAGUUGAUCUUGAUAAAGAGAUCGCCAUGAGUUUGCUCAAUUUAAGUGAAUCUACUGAAGGGAUUCAUGAAAUACAUGCAGUGUGUCUGGUGAUCAAUGCAACACAUAAUCGUCUCUCUGACAGACAACAAUACAUAUUUGAUGCUGUUCAGUCUUUAUUUGGGAGAGAUGUUGCUGAAAACAUUGUCUUGCUCUUCACACACUCAGAUGGAAUGCCACCUAAAAAUGCCCUGACGGCUGUUAAAGAGGCUAACAUCAAGUGUGCAGUAAAUGACAAGAAUCAGCCCGUGUUUUUCCUGUUUAACAAUCAUCAGUCAGACGCCGCUGAUGAAGAAUAUGAAAUCAUACAAGAACAUGCAUGGAAUCUCAGUUUUAGAGGAAUGGCAGGAUUGUUCAAGUUUCUUGACACAAUACAACCCAAAUCCUUGCAAAUGACUUACAAUGUGUUGCAAAAACGGGAGCAGUUGGAGGCAAAUAUCUCUAACCUACAAUCACGUGUUCAAUUGAUGGAACUAAAGCAAAGUGAGCUGAAACAAACUCAAGCAGCUGUGGAGCAGAACAAAGAGCUUGUCAAAAACAAUAAAAACUUUGAUUAUGAAGUUGAAGUGACCUACAAAGAAAAGGUUGAUAUUGAUUAUUCUCUGGCCAGGUUGGCUAUGUGCUGCAACGUCUGUCAGGAGAACUGUCAUUAUCCAGGAUGCUGGUGGAUCAGUGGUCUCUCGUGGUGCAUUGUGAUGAAAGAUAAUCACUGUACAGUGUGCACUAAUAAAUGCCACUACAGAGAACACACAAAAGGAGAAAAAAUAUAUAAAACACAGACAAAGACAGAGAAAAGGACAUAUGAAGAUUUAAAGAAGAAAUAUGAAGACAGAAUUGGAGACGGUGUGUCUUUGGUCAAGAUGCUGGAAGAAGAACUGCAAGAAUUAGAGAAAGAGAAAAUAAAGCUGGUGAAUGAAGCUUUUCACUGUGUGGAAACUCUGGAGAAAAUCGCACUCAAUGCUGAUUCUGUGUUCACACUUCAGCACAUUGAUGUUCUGAUUGAGAAGCUGAAGGAAAUUAAUGAACCUAAAAAGGCCAAAACACUGGAAGAUAUCAAGAAGAGAGCAGGAGAACAAAAACUUGGGGCACUUGGAUACAUUACAAGAUUAUUUAGAAGAACAAAAAACACAAAUAAUGCCUCAGCUAUUGGAGGCAUGCUGACAUUCUGA